GCCCGUGCGAGCGCUGCGAGCGACGAUGCGGAUGAAGACGGCUCUGGAAUCCUACACAGUGAUGUGGGCUUCGAACGCUCCUGCACGUGGGAGCCCGACGAGAAGCCCUGUUGGCUCAUGUCUGACGUGGAGCUGUGGAACCGCAUCCUCACCAAGAACUGCAUCGAACUGCGCGAGUACAUGUGGGGUGAGCUCGUGCUCCAGGGCUACGAGUGGCCCGAACAGAAACCGGGACAACAAGACAUGCUUCGUGCCUCGCUACUCAUGCAUGUGCUGCUACGACAACACAGGUGUGUUACGUACAUAUGCUUCGACAUGGCUGAAACGGUAAUCGAGAGAUACGUGAUGUGGCACGCCGUCAAGACUGGCGCCGGGGGUGUCAAGCGGCUGGAGUACAAGCCGAACGCCAUCGACGUCGUUUGUCUGAUCCCGUUGACCGAGUCAACAUCUUGUUGCGAGGCUAUCGCAAGCAUGACGAACAUGACCUUGCUCAGCAUUUCGAGUAUGUACUUCAGCAAUAUAGUGGUGAGUGUGAUCGGCGGCUACGUGGAGCAGGCCACUUCGCUCACUGAACUGGAGUUACUUCACAUUGAGGCUGAUGACACAAACGCUGGCCUCUUCCUGGACCACUUGGCUCGCAACCGGAGUGUGAAGUCUUUGAUUGCGCACGAACUCUUCCUGCUCGCGCGGGAAGGCAGGGCUCUCGCAGAUGUCGUCCUAAACCACGCGACCCUGGAGCAACUUCAUGUGAAGGGAUCUCUGCACCAUAGCCCGUCUGCCCUCUUGGCAGCGGCAGCUCACAGCCAGUCGUUACGGUCGCUUACAGUGGAGGAAUCCUUUAUUGACGCCGCGGACAUCGAAACCCUGGCCUCCGCGCUGACGAUACCCAGUCAGCCUCCCGAUUGCGACGAAGAAGAGAUGCGACCUCCACCAAUGAGCCGACUUCGAAAACUCUCCUUUAGGACUUGUGGGCCCUUUGACUCGGAACUGGAGGCAGCGUAUGCGAAGCUCAUUGGAG